AUGGAUAAAUUUAUUCCUUAUGAGCAAUUUAGUGACAUUACUUAUCUUGCUGAAGGAGGGUUUAGUGAAAUAUAUAAAGCAACAUGGAUUAAUGAAAUUAUAAGCCCUGAUUUCUUAAAUGAG